CCUCAUUUACAUUUCAGAACCGUGGUGGAAGAAAGAGAGAAAAAGAGCGUAAUAACAAACAAACCCUAGAACGCAAAUCAAAUCGAGAAGAAGAACAUUCGAAUCAAAACCACCAUGGAAUCCGCAGCAAGAAGAAGAAGUGGAGGCGUUUUCGAAGGCCUUUACAAGGUUCUUAUGCGCCGUAACUCUGUCUAUGUUACCUUCGUCAUCGCUGGCGCUUUCCUCGCAGAACGGGGUGUUGAUUACGGAGUUCACAAGCUAUGGGAAUACAAUAACGUUGGGAAACGAUAUGAAGACAUUUCUGUGCUAGGGCAAAGGCCAGUAGAUGAGUGAAUUGUCCGGCCAUCUUGUUAGCCAUUUUGAAGUUUUAUUAUAUUCAUGGAAUAUUGAAGUGAACAUUACGAGUUGGAAGCACUUUCCAUUUUGCAAUAAGUGAAUAUGUUUGUCUUUGUGGUGCCUAAGUCAUGCAUGGUUUCAUUUAACCGGCUGUUGGAAAUAUAAUAUAUUGAACUGAUGCAAAUUUCUUUUUAUUAUUUUAAAUGAUUUAUCCAGAAUAUUGGAUUAUAAAAAAUCACUUGCUUAUAAGUUAAGCUUAUUUUGUGAUA